CCCGAGUCACAUCGGUCAUUUCCGGAAGUAUCGGAGAACGGAUGCAAGGAUAAGUUGUCAGGCUACUAGUUCCAGCACAUCUUUUUUCCUCAACAUCUUUAAUUCAUCUGUUUAUCCGUUUACAGUGGGGUUUGAUGUAACUUGUUGUUAGUACCAAUGUCGCUUCUGUGUUACAACAAAGGAUGUGGUCAACGUUUUGAGGCGGACAACAACCCUGAGGAUGCCUGUACCCACCACCCUGGAGUUCCUGUGUUCCACGAUGCACUGAAGGGUUGGUCGUGCUGUAAGAGGAGAACCACAGACUUCUCUGACUUCCUCAGCAUUGCUGGCUGCACCAAAGGUCCCCACAACCAGGAGAAGCCUCCUGAGCCUGUGAAACCAGACGUGACAUCAUCGGAAGACAAAGAGAGAGCUGAGGACCUCAAACCAAAGUUCAGCGAGUUCACCAUCUCUGCUCCCAAACCCCUGGAGUCCAUACGCAGACCCAGUCCAGAUGAGCCAGUGGUCAGACUACAGCAGAAGAUCUCUCCCUCUCUGAGACAGGCUCUGGAGAAACUGAAGCUGUCUGAGGACAAUCUUACUGAGAAGACAAAUGAGGAUGAUGAUGUGGUGAAGGUAGGGACACUGUGUAAGAAUGGAGGCUGUGCCCGAAGCUUUGACGGCCCUGCCAGCAAUGACCAACUGUGUCUCUUCCACGCUGGAGUACCCAUCUUCCAUGAAGGUAUGAAGUACUGGAGUUGUUGCAAGAAGAAAACGUCAGACUUCAACACGUUCCUCUCACAGGAGGGCUGUAGCCGUGGCAACCACCUCUGGAGAAAGAAAGACACGGGUAAGACAGUGGUCCCGUGCAGGUUUGACUGGCAUCAGACAGGAAGUCAGGUGAUCAUCUCCAUCUACGCUAAGAACUCUCUGCCAGCUGUCAGUUACGUAGAGGGAAACAGCUGCACGCUCAACAUCCACAUUAUCUUUGAUGGAGAGAAGGAGUUUGAGCAGACGAUUAACUUGUGGGGGGUGAUCGACGUCAGUAAGAGUGUGGUCAACAUGAUGGCAGCUAAGAUAGAGGUAGCUAUGAGAAAGUCUGAACCCAUGACUUGGGCCCGACUGGACCUGCCGCCCCCCGCACCUCCCAAAGAGGAGGACAAAGAGGAGGAGGAGAGUGAUAGUGAAGACGAUGAGGAGCUCGAUUGAAGAUGCAGUGACAAUGAGAGGACUGCACUGAUUGAUUGAUUGAUUGAUUGAUUUAUUGGCAGUUUGGUAUAUGUCCGUCUGCUAGAACUCAACCCGCACAUUGUAGUCCGACAUAGCACUCAUAGGAACGUUGAUUAGUCUCCACUCCACCUCUCUCUCUGUCUCUGUCUCUCUCUCUCUCUCUCUCUGUCUCUCUCUCUCUCUCUCUGUCUCUCUCUCUCUCUCUGUCUCUCUCUCUCUCUCGUUGUCUCUCUCUCUCUCUCGUUGCCUCUCUCUCUCUCUCGUGUUCUCUCUCUCUCUCGUGUUCUCUCUCUCUCGUUCUCUCUCUCUCUCGUUGUGUCUCUCUCUCGUUGUCUCUCUCUCUCUCGGUGUCUCUCUCUCUCGGUGUCUCUCUCUCUCUCUCUCUCGGUGUCUCUCUCUCUCGGUGUCUCUCUCUCUCUCGGUGUCUCUCUCUCUCUCGGUGGUCUCUCUCUCGGUGUCUCUCUCUCUCUCUCGGUGUCUCUCUCUCUCUCUCUCGGUGUCUCUCUCUCUCUCUCUCUCUCGGUGUGUCUCUCUCUCUCUCUCUCGGUGUCUCUCUCUCUCUCUCCUCUCUCGGUGUCUCUCUCUCUCUCUCUCUCUCUCGGUGUCUCUCUCUCUCUCUCUCGGUGUCUCUCUCUCGGUGUCUCUCUCUCUCUCUCGGUGUCUCUCUCUCUCUCUCUCUCGUGUCUCUCUCUCUCUCGGUGUCUCUCUCUCUCUCGGUGUCUCUCUCUCUCUCUCGGUGUCUCUCUCUCUCUCUCGGUGUCUCUCUCUCUCUCUCGGUGUCUCUCUCUCUCUCUCUCGGUGUCUCUCUCUCUCUCUCUCUCUCUCGGUGUCUCUCUCUCUCUCUCUCGGUGUCUCUCUCUCGGUGUCUCUCUCUCUCUCUCUCGUUGUCUCUCUCUCUCUCUCUCGUUGUCUCUCUCUCUCGUUGUCUCUCUCUCGUUGUCUCGUUGUCUCUCUCUCUCGAUCUCUCUCUCUGUCUCUCUCUCGAUCCCUGUCUCUUUCACCUCUCCACUUCUCUCUCUAAGCAGCACAUGUACUGUAGGACCAAUCAUGCCACCUCUGCCAUACAGUUUCCCUGCCUUGCCUCCCCUCUACCCUCUAACCUCCAACCUCCGUGUUGAGGGUCAACAUCCUCAGACUGAUAUCAACUGAUAGCAUGGGAUCAGAUGCUAGAAACAUUUCCUAAUUUAUCCAUAUCAUCUAUCUGUAUUACUGUAUCCCAAAUGGCACCCUAGUCCCUAUAUAGUGCCCUACUUUAGACCAGAGAACACUGGGCUCUGACACCCUAGUCCCUAUAUAGUGCACUACUUUAGACCAGGGUACACAGGUCUCUGACACCCUAGUCCCUAUAUAGUGCACUACUUUAGACCAGGGUACACAGGUCUCUGACACCCUAGUCCCUAUAUAGUGCACUACUUUAGACCAGGGUACACAGGUCUCUGACACCCUAGUCCCUAUAUAGUGCACUACUUUAGACCAGGGAACACUGGGCUCUGACACCCUAGUCUAGUGGUUAGCAGGGUAGCCUAGUGGUUCGAGCGUUGGACUAGUAACCGAAAGGUUGCAAGUUCAAACCCCCAAGCUGACAAGGUACAAAUCUGUCGUUCUGCCCCUGAACAGGCAGUUAACCCACUGUUCCUAGGCCGUCAUUGAAAAUAAGAAUUUGUUCUUAACUGACUUGCCUAGUUAAAUAAAGGUUUAAAAAAAUAUAUAUAGAUUCCGUUGACUGAAAAAUAAAAUGUACUAAUUAGUAUUAUAAGUAUUUUUCUAAAUAUUAAGUAGUAUAGUAGUAUAUACUAUAUAGGGAAUGAGAAAUAGUGCCCUACUUUUGACCAGUGUUUAUAGUGAGACCAAAAAAUAUUAUUUAACUAGGUGUUCAGUAAUUUUGUACUUAAUGUUCAUGAAUUCCUAUGAUCUUUAUUUGUCUGAGGUUGUAAUGUUCUGGUCUUCAAUAAAACAGACAGAAUUCCCAGCUCACAAUUAAUCAGAUCGCAGAGAUAUUUGUGAGAGGUCUGCAGUUUACACAAAUACAUUCCUUCUUAUACCAUCCUAACCUAGGCACAUACAUACACACCAACAUAAGGAUUUUCUCACGAGUCUCACCACAGUUUAUAACCACUCAGCUGACAGUUCCAGGCUCCCCCAGAUAGUAGAACUCUGGAGGGGCCCUCCCUGUCCUCUCUUAUCUCCACAGAUUUACAUCCAGGCCUGUUCAAACAGGUUAAUGCCCCUCUCCGUUCUCCUUCUACCCCCACAUAGACUCCUUUCUUCCUAGGUCCAGGCCAUAUAACCCCUUCCUAGGUCCAGGCCAUAUAACCCCUUCCUAGGUCCAGGCCAUAUAACCCCUUCCUAAUGAACACACAUCAUUUAACACUACUAGAAAGACAGGAUAGACUUCUUGCCAGUUAUAGUGCCGUAUACCUCAUUUAGUCAUUAUUCACAAAUUCUUAUUUACAAUGACGGCCUACCGGGGAACAGUGGGCAGAACCAUAGAUUUUUUUUUUUUACCUUGUCAACUCAGGGGAUUCAAUCUUUUAUUUUUUCAGUCAUCGGAAAUGUGUCUUCUGCUUAUCCUAACCCCUCAGAAAGAUGGGGAAUAUGGUGCGUUUUUAAAUGAAAAUCUGUCUGCAUUCCACCUCUCUGUUUCAUGUCAUGUUUAAAUCUCUUUCUGGACAGUUUGCAUGUAAUGUUACGAUAUAGCAUCUAGAGGCUGAGAUUAUUAUGGUUGUUAUUGUCUCUGUUCAACUCAGUAUUCAGAUGGUUGUUUGUUUUGCAAUGGGUUUCAAACAUGGCAGUUUAACAACAUGGUUGCUAGUUAGGAGCGCCUCGGCGACGUUUCCCCCUAGGCACAGAUCUAAGAUCAGAUUCCUCUUCUUCAAUCCUAAUCUUAACCAUUUUAGUGGUGGAAAUGUUAAGCUGACCCAAGAUCAGCAUCUAGGGGCAACUUCACCCAAAUUGCUCCAGGAUACUAAAGGUUCAUGCUCAAGACUUGCUGUACUUGUCAUUUUCUGAAACAUCCUACUAAGACCAACGGUGUUAAAAAAACAAACAUGACCUGAACACACACACACGUCUCCUUCCUUCUCACUGCAGGCCAGGGUCUGAGCUCGCAAAGGGGAACCAUAGAGAUGUAUUAGCAGGGCCAUUGGGGGCGUACACCAGUUUUGAAGUAGUCCACUGGGUGGGACUUCCUACGGGUUAAAGAAGGAUCACAUGAUUCCAUCCGGGUCAUCAACGAGGGAUCAGACAAUUAAUUAUACUGGUGAGGAAACAUUCCAUAACUCCAGGGGGCAGUAAAUCACCAACCUGGUCUUUAAACCUGUUCAGACAACACCCUCCAGGGGGCAGUAAAUCACCAACCUGGUCUUUAAACCUGUUCAGACAACACCCUCCAGGGGGCAGUAAAUCACCAACCUGGUCUUUAAACCUGUUCAGACAACACCCUCCAGGGGGCAGUAAAUCACCAACCUGGUCUUUAAACCUGUUCAGACAACACCCUCCAGGGGGCAGUAAAUCACCAACCUUGUCUUUAAAUCUGUUCAGACAACACCCUCCAGGGCAGUAAAUCACCGUCCUUGUCUUUAAAUCUGUUCAGACAACACCCUCCAGGGCAGUAAAUCCCCAACCUUGUCUUUAAACCUGUUCAGACAACACCCUCCAGGGGGCAGUAAAUCCCCAACCUUGUCUUUAAACCUGUUCAGACAUCACCUUCCAGGGGGCAGUAAAUCACCAACCUUGUCUUUAAACCUGUUCAGACAUCACCCUGCAGGGGGCAGUGUGCACCCUUUCAGUUGGUUUACCAACAUAGAACCCGAUGAAGAAAAAUGGAGAUGGCAUGGGCAGCGCCACUGAGGCUCUAAAGACGCCAUAAUUGGGACAGAUAUCAAAUCAAAUGUAUUUAUAUAGCCCUUCGUACAUCAGCUGAUAUCUCAAAGUGCUGUACAGAAACCCAGCCUAAAACCCCAAACAGCAAGCAAUGCAGGUGUAUAGGGAUGCGAUAUCUCAGUCCAUGGGCUUAACGUUUUGGAGUCAGGUCUACCUGUGAUGAAAUAACCCGACUCUGAACUCACUAUGCCUUCAUCUGAAUAUUAGGGAACACUUCAUGUUGGUGUGUUGGAGCUGUAUAUUCCAUCUGUUGCUUGGAUGUAGACUUGGGAAUACCUGAAUAUGUUUAAUAUAAUGUAUAAAAUUUGGAGAUUUGUCUGAAUAGAUUUAAUCUAAGGCACCGAAAAACAAACACAUGAAACGUUGCUAUUGUGACUGAUGAAUACAGCCCAGAUGUGUACAAGUACAGCGUUUCUAUAUGAUGUAUAGAGUCGGGAAUGACUCCAUGAGUUCCAUGUGUUUCAUUUGUUAUAUAAUCUCUACCAUCUGAUUUAAAUAACUCUGUAAAAGGCUGUAAGCUUUAGGAUCCAUUGAACCGUACCAAAAAUAAAGUUUUCCAUUUUAAAUACGAAUUCUAUA